AUGGCCACCCACAAAGGACUUAGCAAAGGGACGCUGAGCCUGCGGUUUAUGCAGAAUUCCCAGAGAACCAGCAAAUCACAAGUCGAACUAGACAAAGCUGAAGUUAAGGACGAUGGGGAAUGGGAAGUUGGACAGGAUGUUCGAGAAACCUGGGGCGUGGGGCAGUCAGAAUCAGGACCGCAGAUCACAUACGAAGCGUCGUACCUUCCGUUCGUAUUUCGGUCACAGAGCCCCCCAAAUGCAGAAAACACAAAAACGGAACUCGGAACAGAGGCUGAUGUAGUGCUUCCAAAGGGUCGACGGCGGUUUAAACUAGGCCUAGAAGUACAAAGCGACCAGGACAAACCACGAGCUGGGGAAACCAGCCAGCCGAGUCAGACAAACUCCCAGGCGAAACUCACGCGGCUGAAGUCGAUCUCAGGAUCUUCCGCUGCUCAUGGUAAAGCUCCAAAGAGUCCCAAAGCUUCAGCCACAACGGGCAAGACUACAAAGCAACGCAUCUUCGAUACGAGUGGAACCGGCACCGACCUCCGUGCCAGGAAUAUAGCAUACCCCACUCGCGGUAAGCAGGAAGGCACAACGGCUCCGCCUGGAUUCAUGAAACCCAUUGGGGUCGACGCGCCAAUGGAAGGCCAACGACCACAAUCUGAGCUACCUUCGUCCCCAAACACCGGGUCUGCCGCUCAAACUGAGCAUGCUGUAGCACGAAUCCCAACCAUCAAGAGGGAAAUUGAAGUCACCGAGGAACAACCUGCAGAUGAGGGAAAGAAACGUAAGAAGAAGAAGCAGAGAGUUUCCAUCGGUGAAUAG